UCCGUUGCUUGGUCGCUGUUCAUGAUGGGUAUUCUGCCUAAUGGAAUUGAUGUCUUCCCGAAAGAACCUGAUGCAUUUACAGGGUUCCCACUUGCUCAGCUUCAUGCUCUGAGAAAACCUGGUCCAGAGAACAAAGAUGCCGGUGAAACUGACGAUGAUGAAGAAGAGGAAGAUGAGGCUGCAGAUGAUCAGGAUGAGGAUGGAGGUGAGGAGGAAGAUGGAUCCGGUGAAGACGGUGAAGAUGAUGCUGAGGAUGAACCAGAGGCAAAUGGUGAUGGUGCCAGUGGAGAUGAUGAUGAUGAAGAGGAUGAAGAAGAAGAGGAUGACGAUGACGAUGAUGAUGCUGAUGAAGAGGAUGAAGAAGACGAAGAAGACGAGGACGAGGUUCCUCAGCCACCAACUAAGAAGAAGAAAUAAACCAGAUUGUCUCUUCUUUAUCUUUUCUUUGUCCUGCUGGAGCUAGGGCGCUAGGGCAGUAUGGUGUAGUUGGAGAGGCUAGAAUUGUUAGAUUCAUGGUAUCUGUUCACAUUAGAGUCGAAUCAUUAGAUUAAGAUUGCAAUACUUUGUGGAUUAUGACCUGCUUGAUAUACUUUCUAUUUUCACUUGUAGUCUGACGUCAUGUUGUUCCAUGCGACCCUCUUUUACUCCCUGCCAUCUUCAUUUGUCCACAUUAAUUCAGGACUAAAUUUUCAUGCCGCCU